CGGCUUUAUCAAACGCUCUGAGGAUGUCGUCCCCAUCGUCGCCAAGUGCGGCGCAGCGUCGCUCGUCCGGUCUUCGCAAUUUGCGAGUUGCAUGCCCCGGCUACAAAGCCCCGAACACCACCAACACGCGCUUCUUCAUCCUCAAGAGCCGCUCCAUGCUCAACCUGCUCGUAAGAAAGACAGACAACAAAACAAACGACAAAGAGAAACAGGCAGAAAUACAUGGCGGACUUCUGUGCGAGAGUGCCACGAACGGGAAUGCGCUGUGGUGCAUGCAGUUGUCGUUCAAGGAGUCUUGUUGGGCUUCAACACCCGACAACAACGAGUAAGCGACUCGAUGAGCCCACGAGCUCGUGGUGUAGGUUUGGGCUCAAUGCAUUCAAUGCAUGUCCGCUGUGCCCCAUUCGUUCGCCUGUGUCUGCCUGUGCACCUGACGCAGCUUCUUGAUCCAGGCGUAUCGCACGAUAGAGCACCUGAUUCUCAUCUUCUCGGUCAACGAUGCGGGGUGCUUCAUGGGGUGAGCUCAGCACGGCAGAGGGAACCCGACAUGACCUGUUGGUCCUUUGACCUGAUUGAUUGAUUGUCUGUAUGUGUGUCUGUCCGAUGUCCACACAGCUAUGGCCGCAUGUGUUCUAUCUCCGACAGCACCUACAAGAAGGGCCUCUGGUAAGCUGACUGAGGCGGAUCAUGCCAGGCCACGUGCCUGCAAGGCUGUGGGGGGCAUGAUGGUCUGUCUGUCUGUUCAGGGGGCCUGCGUAUCGCUUCCUCGGUGACAACUUCCGCGUCCAAUGGCAAGCGCAGCACGGCACAGCACAGCACAGCGCACGACAGCUCACAUCCGGUUUGAUAUCUGUGUGUGUGUGUGUGUGUGUGUGUACGUCAGGCUCAAGUCGUGCAUAUUGAAUUACGACGACUGUCGGGGCAUCAAGAAUGAGCUCAAUGAUUUCUGCUCAUGUGGCGGUAGGUGAGCCAGCGCUGACGGCACCAUGUGUGUGGGGGCUGCACUCAUUGCAGGAAGGCAUCAUGUGCGUGGUCUCGGCUGCCUGUGUGUUUUCCAGUGGCUCGAGACGGCCAGGAACUCGACUCCAAAGCAGGCUUCCAGCUGUGCGAACUAAUGGACAAACAGGUCCGUCCAUCCAUCCAUCCGCCCAUCCAUCCACCGAGGGAUGCAUGCAAAGGAGAUACAGCACAGGUAUCACUCUUCACGAUCUGUGUGCAGGUGGACUGGGAUCACAGCUACGGCACCGAGCUUUUCGGCACCAUCCCAUUCUUUGAGUCAUACGCCUCCCCUCCACCAAACAUAGCCCCUUUGCAGUACACCGUCGUGGCGCGCGAGGUGGCGGCCACCGAGGCACAGCAACGCCUUCUUGCCGUCGAGAGGGAAGAGAAACGGGCAAGGAAGCCUGAGCCGCCCCCCGACUUCUCUACCGAGUCUUUCCCAUCCCUCGGUGCAGCAGCCCCCGCCCGGCAGCCAUCGAAGGGCACGAGUGGCGAGAUGACGACCACAUCGGUGCCGCCAGUCACUCCCCCGAGCCCAAAGAACAACCAGGGGCAGGCCGGUAGUUGUGGUGGUGUUGGUGGCGGUGGUGCAGAGAGAGUGAGUGGUGGAGGUGCCGGGCGGGAUGCGAUCAGGCCGGAGCUGAGGGGUCACAACCUGUCUCUGGAUGCGCUGUGCGCCACAUGCAGGUCAGGUGACGGAACACAAAGCGAGCGAGCAGGCGGCUCUUUUUUCAUUUUCAUUGUGUCGGUAUCGGUGUUGGUGUUGGUGUUGUGGUGUCGUCUGGUCUGCAGGCUGAUUGCAACCACCCCUGGUCUCACGGUGUUCUCCAGCAGCGACAGCGGCUGUUCCUGCGGGUCCUACCACUCACUGCGGUUCGCCCUUAGCGACCAGGAGGGAUCGUCCCCUCCUGCUGCCCCCAAGGCCGCGCCCGCGUCUCCGCCCACCACAUCGACAGCUCCCCCCAAGAGCAAGGGCGGCUUCAGCGUCCGCAGGGUGGACCGAUCCAAGCCCAGCGAAGCGUCGCCGCCCACCAAAGCCAAACAGAUUAAGAAGCAAGAGAAGGAGGAGCCACCAAAGGAGAAGAGCUCCAUCCCUUCCUCCGUCUCAGUGCCGGACUCGCCGCAACCACUAUCGGCCCCACCCGAGCCGCCUCAGUCCACCGACUCGCCUAUUGUCCCCUCGGCCCCCACUACUGCUCAUCAGCCGCCCACGCCGACCAAGGCCCCAGUGGACCUAUCGAAGGGCCUCAUGCCGGCUCCUGCGGGCAUGCAUCCCUUCCCGAAGGCAGUCCACUCGCAGCCGCGCUCGCCCGUCAACGCCUUCCACUCGCCGUCUCGCGUGCCGCUCAUCAAUCCCUGGGGCUACAACGGUCAGACUGGGCAGACUUUCGGUCCUGGGUGUGGUUAUCAGCCGGCAGUGCCGUACCAGCCGUUCGAGGGCGGUGGUGUGCCCAUGCCGCCCCCGCCCCCACCCCCUCCGCCCGAUAUGGACCCAUCGAUGUGGCAGGGGAGCAACAUCUUUCAUCCCCCGCCCCCGCCAAUGCCACCACCCCAACACCACCAACAAUUCGAGCAGCAGCAUGUGGCUCAGGCGCGACCGCUGAUGGGCCAUGGUCAGGCAGACGAGAGGACGGCCGCCGCAAAGAAGAGUGCAGCUGGCUUGAACUCGAUGGCCCCGCCGUUCGUCUGGCGAGAGCACCAGCUAUCGCAGCAGCAGCAGCACAUGGCGGGGGGCAGGGAGGGGUCAUGUGAGGAGCCAGUGCCGGUCAACUUGGACUUCAUCAACAGUAGUGGUCUCAACCUGAGUAACGGGUCAAGCGAGCAGAAGGCCCAGCCAAGCGGUGAGGGCGGUCUGGAGCAGUCUGGGGACGCUGCGCCCGUGUCAGUGGGCUCUGCUGAUGUCUUGGAUGGGCGUGUGGAUGGUGUUGGGCCGGGGGCGACGGUCCAAGAGGCUCUCAAAGUGCUAGCCGUGAGUUGGCAGAUAAAGCACACAGGUUGUGGCAAUGUGCGUGUCGAUGGGUGUGCGUUGUUCUGUUCAUGCAUCUCCCCAGGAAUGUCGUUUGGAGGGUUUGUCCUGCAAAGAGCUGGACACUCUCGAGGGCGGCCUGAUUGAAAUCCUCUUCAAAGCCAGGUGGGCACAGCACCGCCUGCCGUGGCCUCCCUCGUCGAAACAUGGCCGGCCCUGUCUGGCUGUCUGUGCGUCUUUCAGGCAGACGAAGAGUGCCAAACUUCGUCAGGAGUGACCGGCUGAUGAUGGUAUGACGUUCCUAUGCCGAUGGCCAUCAGGGCUUAGAGCGUAGAGUGGCUGUGGAGUGUCCGUCCUGCGUUCGUUUUUGUGCUAGUGAAUCUCUAUCGCUCGCUGCAUGCACGCAACGCCGACGCUACGUUGUCCUGUCCCGUGUCAAGCGCAAACGACUUACUUUAACUGACUGAUCUCAUUCUCUGGUGGACGGACGCAUGAAUGAGCUGAUUGUGUGCGUGUGGGGG